AUGAAGAUUUUCACACUUGUACUCGUUCUCGCUGCCGUAACCUUGGCUUCCGCUACAACGUCUCAGCUGCAAAGAAGAUCCGACUUAGCGAAUUCUCGCUUUAUUCAAUCUACUAACCUCACGAAUUAUGAAACUUGUGACAGCGGAUACUAUUUAUGUACAGACGGUGAGGGUGGAUGUUGUCCAAAUGGUUCGUCAUGUCUUCCUGGCUAUAAAUGCAGUAGCGGCGGUAGUGGCAGUAGUGGCGGUAGCAGCUCAAAGAGCAAUACUUUAUCCAUCGAGCUUCUAACAACGGCCAUCGCCAUCCUGUUUUAUAUGUUCGGUCAUAUGUAA